AUGAAUACAAAAUACAUUAUUAAAAAAUUAUAAACUAUUUAUUCGAAUAUAAUGAUUCAAAUGCCGGAAUCAUAAAUGGGUUCAUUGAGAAUGAGACCUUCCCAAUUAAGAAUAGAAAUGACAGAUGAUUAAUAACCUUCCACAAGACGGAGGAAUUUCAUGUCUCCUACGGCUUUGCCACUAUUUCAAGAAUUGUAAAAAUUAAUUUAAUAUCAGACAAUAAUAGACAACUAGACAGAAUCUCUAAUAACCUAUUGCUCCUUUGACUUUGAAAGUAAAUUUGUUAACCUAGCAAAUUAGUAGAUGUCUAGCCAAUCUUAGAUUACUAAAUCCUUGUUAUUUAAUAUAUUUUUGUAAGGUUUCUUUAUCAACUAUUAUGGAUACGUCUUUUGGUAAUACAGUUUUCGCUAUGUUUUACUAUAAUUAUGGAUAUAAGAUUUGUUUACCAUAUUCAUAUUGAUAUAUUUUAAUUAUAGAAAAUAAGAGGAAUGCAUUUGGUAACUCAUUGAGACUAUGUUUCUAUUUUUCUUAAAAGUUUUUAUAGUGUUUUAUUAUGAAAUACAAAAAUUCAAAAUUUACUUUGUUACUAUAAUGAUGAUUUCGCUUUCAAUUCUCGUGUUGCUUAUGCGAGUAGUUCAAAAAUUGAAAUUUCAAUUACAGAACAAUCAACAAAUUAUUGUUUAAUUCAUUAAAACUUUAUUAUGUGUAUAAAUAACACUUAUUGCCUUGAAAUGGGAAGAAAAAAUAGACUGGGUUUGGUCCUAGAUCUUUAUAAUUUUGUGGGUAUUUUUGGUCGUCUUUGCAUUAUUAUUAUUUAUCUCUUUUAUAGGAUGCAUUGAGACAUUCAUAAAUCUCUUAAAAAAACAAACUAACUAAAAUUAUUUAAUAGGAAAUAUUUGGAUUUUCAUCAAUAUCAUAGGUUACACCUUAUUGCCAUUCACAUUUUUGUAUAGAUUGACUCAAUUGUAUGAUAAUUAGGAAUCCUUUGGAGAAGAUGAAACUAUUUAAUUAAUUGUCCUAAGUGGAAUAUUCAUGGUAUUGAUAACCAUUUAUACAACAUUUUUUGCAAACAAUAUUAAAAUGUUUUUGAAAGAACUUUAAGGAUUUGAAUCAUAUUCUGCUGGGAUACCUCAACAGCCAAUUUAAAUUUAGUAAGAACAAGAAUAAAGAAUUUAUAACUUACCUGAUUCUAAUGAAAUUUUGUCCAAAAAGAAAAGAAAGGCACCUUUUAGGUUUGUUAAGUUAAAUGCACCAUUAUAUUUAAUUAAAAUGUCAUGCACCUUCUUUGCUAUUUUUGAUAAGUUAAGCUUUGACUAGAAGAAUGUUAAACAAACGGAAUAACUUUCUCAAAGGGCAUUAGGAUAAUAAUCAUCGAACAGAAUGGAAUUUUAGAAGGAAAUUAAAGCGAAUAGCAAUUCAAUAGAUUAUAAGAUUAAUAAUUUAGAAAUGCAAGAUAUAAAAAAAGUAAACAUUGAAGAAUUAGCUAAAGAGAAUGUUCAAUCUAAAGACAUCUCUGAAGAACCAGAUAAAUCAAACAAGAAUUAAAAUUCCAUUAAUGAGGAUCAAUAAUCGAUUUAAGAUAAAUGUUUAAUUUGUUACGAGAACUAACCAAAUAUAUUAUUUAUACCAUGUAGACAUGGUGGAAUAUGUUAAAAAUGCGCAGAAGAUGUUGUGCUUAAAUCCAAUUAAUGUUAUUUAUGUAGAAAAAAUAUUUAACAAAUUUUAAGAAUAAAAACAGAGGGAGGUUAAUUAGUUGUUAAUGAGAUUAGUCAUAUAAAGUAGAAAAGGUAGAUAUAAGAAUGA